AUGGAAAGGUUAUCGAAAAUCUAUUUGCACGCUUUACGCUGGGCUGGAGGAUAUGACCCACAUCUCCUGAGACAGUACCUCGCCGACCAACACGGUGCGGCGCCGGCGGUCGCGCAAACACAAGUCAUCCCCAGACCCCAACACGUACAGCAAGCAGUGCCCAGACCCGCUCCCCAACAACUAUACACGGUCCAAAGCGAGGCCCAAUACCAGCCACAGCCCCAAUACCAGCCACAGCCACAGCAGCAGUACAGGCAGCCGCAGCACCAGCCCCAAUACCAGCCCCAGAGGCAGCAGGAACAGCGCGAGCCAGAGGAAUAUGAUCCUCAUCCUUCUUACCAGUUUGGUUUCGAUGUGAACGACGACCAGUACACCAACUACCAGAACCGUAAGGAACAGAGAGACGGUGACGUCAUCAAGGGCUCCUACUCCGUGGUCGACAGCGAUGGCUUCGUCAGGACAGUCACCUACACUGCUGACCCUAAGGAGGGUUUCAAGGCUGAGGUAUCAAGACAGCCCACAGACAUCGUAGUGAAGAUCCCCACUCCCAAACCCCAGCUUCUCCAGCCCCAAGUACAGCACGCUGGCCACGCCCAGCCCCGGCCACAACCACCACAACCCCAACACGCUGCCCCACAACAGUACUACCGUUACGAACAAUAA